AUGGGCGUCAAGGGGCUCUCGAAACUGGUGAAGGCGAAAGCGCCCGCGGGUGUCAAACACGUGACUGCGGCGAGUUUCUGCGACCGGCGCGUGGCAAUCGACGCAGCGACUUCGUUGUACGCAUUUCUCACGGCCAUCCGCGACACAGCCUCGGCCGAGACGCUCAGCUCGGCCGACGGGAAAGUCACGAGCCACAUCUCCGGCUGUCUCUCGCGCGUAAUCAAGAUUCUGGGCUGCGGCGUGAAACCGAUUUUCGUGUUUGACGGCGCGCCGCCGGCCGAAAAAGAAGAGGAACUGCGGCGCCGCAGCAAGCUGAAGGCUGCCGCGAGCGAAAAGUUCGAAGCCGCGAAGGCCGAGGGCGACCGCGACGCGAUGCGCAAAUUUGCGUCGCAAUCCGUCAACGUGACCGAGGAGCACAUCGCAGAUAUCAAGCGGCUGCUCGAGCUGUGCGGCUUGCCGUACGUGCAGGCGAAGGGCGAAGCGGAGGCCGAGUGCGCGAACCUGUUCAAGCGCGGGCUAUGCGACGCCGUCGCUUCUGAAGACUCGGACACAUUGUGUUACGGCGUCACGCAACUGUGUCGCUCGCUCGACUACAAAGGCAAAGAAGUCACCAUGCAGCUGUACUUGCUUGACGAGAUUGAGGCCGCGCUGCGACUGAGCCACGAGCAGUUCGUGGAACUCUGUCUGCUGUGCGGCUGCGACUACAUCAGCAACCCGAAAAGAGUCGGACCGCUCUCCGCCUUAAAGCUCAUGCAGCAGUUCGGCUCAAUCGAAGAGUGCGCGAAGCAGAAGCCGGAGCUGCAGCUCGACGUGGCGAAGUACGCAAAACUCAAGAACCUCUUUCUGCAGUCUGACGUGCUCACGGAAGAGGAGCUGCAGAGGCAGCCCAUCAGGUUUGCCGAAGUGAAAGAGGCGGAACUGAAGAGCUACUUGGUCGACGAAUGUACGUUCAACGCGGACCGCGCCAGCAAGUUAGUUGCAGAGCUCGUGAAGUCGCGCGCCUCUUCGAAGCAGCGCACGCUAGCAGGCUUCACGGUCAAACGUUGUAAGCUCGGCUAG